CAUCUCCUUCUCCGGCAUCGCCGCCGCCCCCUCCUCCCCACCCUCAGCCCCGCCGCAUCCCCGCUCCUCCCGCCACAGCCAGCUCUAAGAUGCCCCGCUAUGAACUGGCUUUGAUCCUGAAAGCCAUGCAGAGGCCUGAAACUGCAGCUGUGCUGAAGCGCACCGUUGAGGCUCUGAUGGAGAGAGGAGCCAUUGUGAGGAACCUAGAAAACCUGGGAGAAAGGUCUCUACCUUACAAAAUCUCCAAGCACAAGGAGCGCCACAGAAGAGGAGGGUAUUUUUUGAUAGACUUAGAGGGCCCACCUUCGAUUGUGUCGACCAUGAUGGAUCAUUUAGGACGUGAUAUUGAUGUAAUUAGACGUGCUUUUGUAAAGCAUCCUGUUUCAAAGACAGAAGAAUGCAGUGGCAUAACCCCAGUCAACUAUGAAGAUAAACUAAUUUCCAAGAAGUGAAUAUUCCAAAUAGCAUGUUUGAAACUUUUUUAAAAAAUUUUUAUUCCUGCUUUGGAAAACAAUUGUGAUAACUAAUGUCCAUCAGAAAUAAUGAGUUUUGGCCAUGUUAUGUGUAUGGUAUAGUACACUAUCUUAAGUUACUGUAAUGUUUGAGGUUUCGUUGUGUUUCAAAUAAUUUGAAUAGACUUAAUCUGUAUGCUUCUCUUGAUAUUUGACAACUCUGAAAAUUGAUUUUCUUUUCUCUUAGAGCACUACAUUGAAAAUGAAGAUUUAUACAUCAUCAGAAUGCCAAAAAUAGCACUCUUUCCUAAAGAGAGAUUACUUCAGAAUAUGUAUAUUUACAUAAGAGAUUAAAAGACUGCAGUGUAAAUAUAGCAGUAUAGGAUGUGAUUUGUUGGAGGAGUUUUUUUGCUUGUUUUUGGAAAAAGGUAAUAAAAGCAUGAUUAAAAAUAAAA